AUGCAUACUCUAGCUAAUCAUGAUUUAUUUGCGCUGGUUGCUGCAAAAAUUAACAAAAUUGUUAGGGAGUUGGAGCUGAAUGAACUUGGGAAACUAGAGCAGGACCUUGUCUAUGGGGAUGCAGGAGCUAAGGAAGAUGUAACACGUGAAAAUAAAUUGCGCUUGUUGAUGAUUUAUUCUGCAGUUCACCCCAAGAAGUUUAAGGAUGACAAAGUUGCAAAGUUGAUGGAGGAGCUUAUUGAAAAACUUAACAAAGGUGAACUACCCAAGAACGAAUACCCAUACAUGCAUAAUCCAAGUCCAACUUUCCAUGGGACCUCCCUGAGUGGGUCAGUGCAAACAAGUCAAGCUCCAGCUGCUUACUUGAUGAGAUCAAGAUGGACUUCAACAUGGGCUCGCCCUCAGAACUCGGAUGAUGGGUAUUCCAGUGAUUCCAUUCUGAGUCACGCAUUGAAUGAUUUCAAAAAAAUGUCAACGAAUUUUUGUGUUUAUCGUUUGGUGGGGCAACUAGAUCUGAGCUGCAGAUUUGUCACAAGUUAACAACGAAGCUGAAGAGAGAAAUUAUCCUAGCCUCAUUUAGUCUUGAUGAUCCUCCGCAAUUCAUAACUGCAUGUGACCUCUCUCUCUCUCUCUCUCCCCUCAUUGUGUGGAUGGCUUUGAAUGGAACUCAAGCUAUUGGAGAAAAACCAGGUGACUAAUGCUGCAUGCAUUUCCUCAAUAGAUAAAUGAUAAAUUGAAGCUGCUGACUGCACAUGAACUCUCAUUGGAGGACGAUCUGCAGAAUUAGAUUCGAGCUGCUUCCGAAUCUGGAAGCAAAAAAGUUUCUCGGGCCUAGUGCACUAUUUCGAUUAAUUGGUGUACCAUAGUAGGCUUCUUGAGUUUCUUCUUUUAGCCUUUGAUGUAAAAAUGUCUGCCUUGGACAGUGAACAUAGUUAGCUGAAUAUAAGGUUACGAGAGCUAUCUGGCUAGCAGGUGGUGUUAGG